UCUUACAUGUCCUACCUGGAGGUGGGGGUAUUAUGUAUAUGAGACAACCUGUGCCUUAUCAGCUGCACUUUGCUACCAUGCAGCUAUUAGUUAUUAAUGAGUAAAUUAUAAAUAUCUGACCUGAGUCCACCGAGCUGUCGACUCUGCUUCGGUUUCUCUCGACGAAAGGUUCGCUGCAGCAGAAGAACACAGACUGGAUCAAAAUGAGACUCCUCACAGCUCUGGGCGUCCUGCUCGUCCUGCACACCGUCACCUCCAGCAGGCUGGUGUGUCACAUGACCAACUGGGCCCAGUACAGGCCCAGCAGCGGCAAAUUCACCUCGGACAACAUCGACCCCUUCCUGUGCACGCACGUCAUCUACGCCCUGUCCACCAUCAACAGCUUCAACCAGAUCACCCCCAUCGAGUGGAACGACGAGCAGCAGUUCACCGGCCUCAACCGGCUCAAGAAUGUUAAUGCUGCGCUGAAGACCCUGCUGUCAGUGGGAGGCACCGUCAAUGGAAUCAGUCCAUUCAUCGCCAUGGUUGCCAAGACUGAGAGCCGUGCAGCUUUCAUCAAGUCUGCCAUCAGUUACCUGCGCACCAACAACUUUGACGGGCUGAACCUGGCCUGGGAGUACCCGGGACACAACGGCAGCCCGGAGCAGGACAAGGAGAGGUUCACCCUGCUGGUGUCGGAGCUGGCCAAGGCCUUUGAGGACGAUGCUAAGGAGAACAGGAAGACCCCGCUGCUGCUGACGGCCAACGUGGCUGCCUUCCGCCCCACCAUCGACCGAGCCUACGAGGUCCAGAAGAUCGCACCUCACCUUGACUUCAUCAAUGUCAUGACCUAUGACUACCACGGGCACUGGGAGGCAGCGACCGGACACAACAGCCCCCUGUACGGCAGCUCCAUGGACUCCGGCACACACAUUCAUCACAACAUCAACUCUUCCAUAUCUCAUUGGCUGGUGAAUGGGGCCCCGGCUGAGAAGCUGCUGUUGGGUUUCCCCACCUACGGACGCACCUACCGUCUGAGCACCGGGGCCACCGGCCUGGGGGCCCCGUCCAACGGCCCCGCAGACGCCGGACCCUACACUCGCACCGCCGGAUUCUGGUCCUCCUACGAGAUCUGUGCCUUCACCUCCGGUGCUAAUGUUGAGUGGAUCUCUGAGCAGCAGGUCCCCUAUGCCACCUAUGGCAGUGCCUGGCUGGGCUACGACAACAAACGCAGCUUCUCUUCCAAGGUCCAGUACAUGACUGCCGAAAACCUGGGGGGGGCUCAUGUGUGGACUCUGGACAUGGAUGACUUCAGUGGAUCCUUCUGCUCAGACGGAGCUUACCCUCUCAUCAACCACCUCAGGGUGUCAAUGGGUUUCCCCUCAAAGCCCACCACCACCCCGGCCCCCGCCACCACCAGAGACCCUAUUGCAGAAUUCUGCCGUGGACGUCCUGAUGGCCUGUAUGAGAACCCCACUAAUGAGAAGACUUACUUCCAGUGCUUCCAGGGGAACACGUACCUGCACCACUGCCAGGCCGGCCUCAUCUACUGGGACUCCUGCAAGUGCUGCAGCUAUCCCUGAGCCCCCCCCCCCCCACACACACACCGAGCCUCCGGGGGUUCACAACAGUGAUUUCUGUUUCAGACACGCAGUGUCACCUUUACUGAAUAACCUUACAGUGCUGUUUUCUCUUUGUGGCUCACUGCUUUUUCAACAAAUAAAUCAAUCAUCAUUAUGACCUGA